AUGUCCUACUCUCGUCCUCUGUCGAUGUUCGCGUCGUCGUCCACCCCCAAGGCUCGCCCGCCCAUGAUCGAAGUCUUUCCUGAAGGGAGUGAUGGCGGUCUGCCUCCGACCUCGCGUAUCUGGGAAGAAGGUAUUCGAUGGCACUCGGGCGCGUACACGGCUGCCUGGGCGUCACCGAAGCUUAUGGUUGUGUAUGAGUGUAUUCGAACUCACGUGAGCCACAACAACAACAACCCACUAUAUGACCGUGGUUAUUACUGGCGGAGAGCAUCACCCAGCCUGCCACCCGCACCGGAGGAGCCGUACACUUCGACGUCAUCCCACUCUGCACCUUCGUCGCCCAGCAGCUCUACCCCGGCACGUCGCUUGCACCCGUCCUCAGUGCCAGCAUCGCAAGCCGGGGCUGUCCUGUCCAAGGUCUAUGCGGCAGCAUCAGUACCCAUAUUCACCCCUGCGACAAAUCCAGACGCCUCCGACGCCGGCCGUCGAGGCUCAAAUACCGAAUACACCCGCUCUGCGUCGUCCACGCCUCCUUCUCCGAACUAUCAGUUGCAGGCUGCGCCAGCAUUGUUUGCAGAAGAGCCACGAGGCGGUGUGUCAUAUACCCAGGCGAACGCAUCCGCGCAGUACGGGCGAGGUCAGGGGCUUGGUAACGAGCCUUUCCCCCCUAUACAGGCGACCUACGGCUAUGCUUGA